AUGAGGUUCGCGACAUGGACUCCGCAAGGCCAGUGCUUAGCGACGUGCAGUGACGACGGCACGAUACGGCUGUGGCAUUUCACGGUGAACAGGAAUAUCGCGGAAAUAGCGGUGCUGGAGGGAGAAGAAGGAGUCUUCCAGGAUGACAUGAAGAAAUGGCAGAAGAUUCUUGACAAUAUCCGCCACGAUUACAACGAAUACAGCAAGGGGGCCUCGGAGUACGAAGGCAAUGUCGAGUUGCUCCGGAAUGCUCUGGACCAAGGAGUGGAGAGAGUAAAAUCAUUCCGAGCGAGAGCGUCUCUGUUGGGACUAACGCCGACAGACUACUGGGAUCUCGACGGCAUGAUCGACGAUUAUGCCAGCUACUACAAGUUGUGGAAUACAGUGAUAAGUUUCCAGAAAAGUCAGUUGAAGUGGCAGCAAGAUCCCAUGAAGUCGAUCAACGCUGAGGAAGUGGAGCAGCUAUUGGACGCCUGGUUUAAGGAGUGCUAUAAGAUGAUUAAAGGCUUCGACACUGACAACACUAGGAUGAAAGUCGCCAAGGAUCUCAAGUCUGGCAUAGACGAGUUUAGGGUGAAAUUCCCCUUCCUGAGGGCCUUCUGCGUUGAGGCCAUCCUCCCGAGACACUGGGAUGAACUUUUCGAGAAAAUGGGCAUCGAGCCGUUCGCUGACUACGAUGACAUUCGAAUGCAUCAGAUGCUCGAAAAGGGCGUUCUUGAAUUCGCAGAGAAUUUCGAGGAGAUUUCCGCAGCUGCACAGAAGGAGCACUCUCUGAAGAAGGCUAUGGCUGCCAUGAAGAAAGAUUGGGCUCCGCUAGAAUUCACUACGACACUGUAUAAGGAGACUGGGUGCCCGAUACUGAAGGGAAUCGACGAAAUACAAGCCGUCCUGGAUGACCACAUUGUGAAAACUCAAGCAAUCAGAUCCUCCCCGUUUUGCAAGCCGUUCGAGGAAGAUGUGCUCCAAUGGGAAGUCACUUUGUUGUACCUGCAGGACUACGUGGAUGAGUGCCUGGCGGUGCAGCGCACGUGGAUGCAGUUGGAACCGAUAUUCCUAUCAGAAGAUAUCAAACGACAAUUGCCGGAAGAAAGCAGCGGUUUUGCGACCAUCGAUGUGACGUUCCGAGAGAGGAUGAAGCAAGUCGCGGGGAGCCCUGGUUGUUUGAGCGUGGCAGCUGCAGGGGGCGUGGUGGAAGACUUUAAGGAUGCUAAUGAGAACUUGGAAAAAAUUCAGAAGGGGUUGAAGGAUUACCUUGAGACUAAGCGACUUUACUUCCCUAGGUUUUUCUUCCUCAACGACGCUGACCUGUUGUCGAUCCUCGCUGAGACUAAGGAUCCGACGUUGGUGCAACCUCAUAUGGCGAAGGCCUUCGAGGGCAUUGCUUCUGUGCGUUUCAACGAGACAGCGACAAAAAUCAACGCAAUGAUCAGUGCGGAGGGCGAGGUGGUCGACUUCACGAGAAUAGUGGAUGUGGACUCUCCUGAGAAUCGCGGCAAUGUCGAGAAGUGGCUUGUUGAAGUGGAGAAAACCAUGAUAGAUUCGCUCACGGAUGUGGUAUCUCGUAGCAACAAGGACUAUGCUUGCAAGCCUCGGACGUCCUGGUGCAUUGACUAUCCUGGCCAAGUGGUUUUGGCAACGAACUGCAUUUUCUGGACUAAGGAAGUGACAGAGGCGCUGAACGGCAAGCGUGUUGCAGACUAUGAAAAGAAACUCAAUCAGCAGUUGCUCGAUAUCGUACAGCUUGUGCGAGGAGAUUUGUCGAAGUUGGCCAGAGUCACGUUGGGGGCCAUGGUCACCAUUGAUGUCCACGCUAGAGAUGUCGUGAGUGAUCUGGUGAAAAACAAUGUGGAAUCCGCCGACGAGUUCGACUGGUUGAGUCAGCUCCGGUAUUACUGGAAGGAGCCCAACAGCUUCAAGAGAAUCGACACUGGGGAGAUGAACACGAAGGAAGAAUGCCAAGUGUCGAUCGUGAACUCCACCCUGCUUUACGGCUUCGAGUAUCUCGGCAACACUCCGAGACUAGUCAUCACACCGCUGACUGAUCGCUGCUAUAGAACACUGAUGGGAGCUUUCGCUUUGUAUUAUGGAGGAGCUCCAGAAGGACCCGCGGGCACCGGCAAGACCGAGUCUACCAAGGAUCUCGCAAAGGCUUUGGCGAUUCAGUGCGUGGUCUUCAACUGCUCUGAUGGUAUGGACUACAUGCAGAUGGCCAAAUUCUUCAAAGGUUUGGCAAGCUCGGGUGCAUGGUGCUGUUUUGACGAGUUCAACCGUAUCAACUUGGAGGUGUUGUCGGUCAUCGCCCAGCAGAUUCAGUGUAUUUCACUUGCGAUCAAACAGAAGGCUAAGACCUUCAUUUUCGAGGGCACCGAGAUCAGGCUGAUCCCCUCAUGCGCUGUGAACAUCACCAUGAAUCCUGGCUAUGCUGGCCGUUCUGAACUGCCGGACAACCUGAAGGCCCUCUUCCGUCCCUGCGCUAUGAUGGUUCCCAACUACGCGCUCAUUGCUGAGAUUACCCUCUACUCCUUCGGUUACGAAGACGCCCGACGUAUCGGCGUGAAGGCAACCCAGGCUUUGAAGCUUUCCUCGGAGCAGUUGUCUGCCCAGGAUCACUACGAUUUUGGUAUGCGUGGUUUGAAGUCCCUUCUGGUGGCCGCUGGUGCAUUGAAAAUGAAAUACGGCGACCAGUUCCCUGAGGAUGUCAUCUCCUUGCGAGCGUUCACGGACGUGAACUUGCCGAAGUUCACUAGUGCGGAUAUCCCCCUAUUCAAGGGCAUUAUCGGCGACUUGUUCCCCGGAGUGCACCUCCCUCCGAGUGACUAUGGCCCGCUUAUGGCUCAGGUGGAAGCUUGUGCUACUGCCAAAAAGCUCCAGCCCACCAGCCAGUUCACGAACAAAGUUAUUCAGCUCUGGGAGACGGNNNNAUGGGUGGUCCUGGACGGCCCAGUGGAUGCCAUUUGGAUCGAAAAUAUGAACACUGUUCUUGACGACAACAAAAAAUUAUGUUUAAACUCUGGCGAAAUCAUCAAACUGUCGCCGACAACUACAAUGAUUUUCGAGGUUCGUGAUCUGGCUGUUGCUUCCCCUGCAACAGUGUCACGAUGCGGCAUGGUAUUCAUGGAACCCGACUCGGAUCUCGGAUGGAAACCCAUCGUCCUGUCGUGGCUAGAUUAUCAGAUUCCUGAAUUCAUCCGCAAGGACCACCGUGAUUUUAUAUGGAGUCUUUUCGAGCACAAUUUCAACGUCUGCCUUGAAUGCACGCAUAGGGUUCGCACGCCAGUGGCUGUGAUCGACAACUGGCUGGCGGACAGCGCUUGUCGGCUGAUGGAAUCUCUAUUCGAGGACUCUGAAGAGAAGUAUUGUCGGCCGACCCUUGCUGAAGAUGAUGAAAACUCGCAGACGUUCGCAGAACGGGAGCAGCUUAUCUACGCGAUAUUCUUUUUCUCAAUGCUCUGGACGUGUGGUGCCUGCACGGACCAGGAGGGCAGAGGCUUCGUCGAGUCCGUCAUACGGGCAAUGUUCGAGAACAAAAAGGAGUUCAUCAAGAAACAAGAAUUUGUCGCGGAGUGGUCCGCGACGGAACUUGUCAGCGGAGUGUCCCCGGCACCUCUACCGAGCAAGGGCUUACUGCACGACUAUUUCAUUGACUCGACAGACAACGGAAAAUGGAAGCCGUGGACAGAAAGGAUCACCAAUUUCGAUAUCCCGAAGGACGCGCAAUUCCACGCCAUCAUCGUGCCGACCAGCGACACUGUGCGAAAUCAAUUCCUGAUCAGGACCCUGAUUGAAAAGGGCAAGCAUGUGCUGAUGUCUGGCGUGACGGGCACUGGAAAAACUGUCUCGAUAGCAGGAAUGCUUUUGAGUGGAUUCGACAAGGAAAAGUAUGCGACAAUCUCGUUCGCCUUCUCGGCGCAGACCACCGCUAAUCAAACACAGGAUAUUAUUGACGGCAAAUUGGACAAGCGGCGGAAGGGUGUCUACGGCCCUCCACCAGACAAGAAAAUGCUCGUCUUCAUCGACGAUGUGAACAUGCCGGCUAAGGAGACUUAUGGCGCUCAGCCACCAAUAGAGAUCCUCAGACAAGGUCUCACGAUGAGUGGUUGGUACGAUAGGAAGACCUGGGAAUUCCGCCAGUUCGUGGACAUGCAGUAUCUGGCCGCUAUGGGACCGCCAGGCGGAGGAAAGAACGAUAUCACGGAUCGGUACUCGAGACAGUUCAACUUGAUAUUCGUCACGCCAUUUGACGACGAGUCGCUUGCAAGGAUCUUCACGACUAUGGUUCAAAAAUUCCUUGGCGUGAUGCCGCGAGAAGUUGCUGGUCAUGCGGCCACGGUGGUGGCUGCGACUAUUGAGGUGUAUAACACAAUGUCUGCGGAAAUGCUGCCCACUCCGGCAAAGUCCCAUUACACGUUCAAUCUGAGAGAUCUCAGUAAAGUUUUCCAAGGCAUUUGUCAGUGUACGAGGGAAAGCCUGCCGAAGGUUGACGAUUUGGCCAAGUGCUGGAUGCACGAGUGCCAGAGAGUUUUCGAGGAUCGUCUCGUGAACAGGCCCGAUCGCAACUGGUUCUUCUCUCUGAUGAAGCGGAUGCUGGACCGCCACUUCAAGAAGCAAUACGACCAAAUCGUCAAACAGGAACCUAUAGUAUUCGCGAGUUUCGUGGACCCGAAAUCGACGAGCUACAUGGAAGUCCAAGACCAUCAGAAAUUACAGGAUAAGAUGAACUCAUGUUUGGACGACUUCAACGCGGUGUCGAAGAUCCGGAUGGACUUGGUCCUAUUCACGGCCUUCAUACAACAUAUUUGCCGUGUUGUUCGUGUAAGAAAAUCGUCGCUCGCCACGAAAUUGACUUCCUGA